AUGAUGGGAGACGGGGGCAGUCUCUGUCGCCUGAAAUUCUUGUCAUCUUCCUCCCUCCCUCCCUCCCCAAACGCCAAGACUUUCCACUCCACUCAUCAAAUCCCUUCUUCUCUGUAAUUUCCAUCGACCCAUAUGUUUCCUCUACUCAUACAUAUACUCCCUUCGUAUAUCUAUCUCUGUCUGUAUGCUCUUGCAAAGAAAACUCAAUAAAGCCAGCUCCUUUUUCUCAGUUCAAUUCGUUUUCUUGAUUUUACACAGUAAUGGAGACCCCCAAAACCCCCGAACAAGACGCAAUCUCUAGUUCAGCUCCAGAUGGCGAUGACGCGCGCCCAGUUUCUCCGUUAUCGCCGCAGGCGGGUUUUCAGAAGAGGGAAUCGGCAAAAGCUGCGGUGAAUUCUAUGAGGCACCCGGAUCUGUCGCUUCAAAUUCCUCCGAGAAAUGGCGUUGGGAGCAGCAAUCGGAGUAAGUGUUUGGUUCAGUCUCCGGGGGUUUCGAAUGGGAGUCCAACUGGGGGAGGAUUCUUUCGGGGUUUGAGCUUCAAGAGGAAGAUUGCGGGCGCUUCUGAGGGUGAAAGGAGCUCCCUUCUUCGUCCGGAUUCGAAGAUAGCUCCAGAAAGCCCUAUUUUUUCGAGUUGGAAGAGAUGUACUUCUUUGCCUGUGACGCCUGCUUCAAACUCCUCCCCUACUGUGCCUACACCUACUUCUGCAAGGACAGUAGGUGAACGGCAGAAAUCACAUUCUUUGCGAACUGGCACGUCUCAAGCUGCUGUUACAAGGUCGCUUUCCGUUGUUAUUGUGAGAUCAACAUCUUUUCCCACCCGCGAAGAGCAAGACCGUAACACCGAUGAUGAAAUUACGCCUGCGCCCGAGGAAGAGGAUCACGAGAUUCCUGAAGAGGAAGCUGUUUGCCGAAUUUGUCUCGAAGCAUGCAGCGAAAAAAACACGCUGAAGAUGGAGUGCGGUUGCAAAGGUGACCUCAGGCUCGUACACGAAGACUGUGCGAUUAAGUGGUUUAGCAUCAAAGGGAACAAAGACUGUGAGGUGUGUAGGCAAGAAGUGCUAAACUUACCCGUAACUUUGCUUCGGGUGCCAAGUACCGCUCAUCGAGAUGCCAGACAUGAGCCUAACCGGCAGAGUUUGAACUCGCAACAAAUAAGUGCUUGGCAGGAUUUUGUCGUACUUGUCUUGAUUAGUACAAUAUGCUACUUCUUCUUCCUCGAGCAAUUGCUGAUCCGCGACAUGAAAACUCAGGCACUCAUGAUUGCCGCGCCUUUCGCAUUUGCAUUGGGCCUUUUGGCAUCUGUAUUUGCAGUCAUACUAGCAAUUAAAGAGUACAUAUGGACCUACGCCGCUAUAGAAUUUGCUCUGGUUGCUCUAAUCCUGCACCUCUUCUAUUCUAUGCUUCAUUUGCCACCAGCGUAUUCUGUUAUGCUGGCAUCGGUUUUGGGUUUUGGAGGUGCUAUGGGUCUCAACUAUUUGUAUAUUAGAUACUAUACCUGGAGAGUUCAAGUUUCCCAAAACUCUAACCCAGUGUGAGCCUGCAAAGUUUUGAAUGCCAAUUUGCUCCUUUCGGAGGAACAUUACACAACGGCGCAGUGGUAUUAUUGUAUGUGUUUUUCCUCGAAUGUGUAGAAGUGUCGUAUCAACGGCUAUUAUGCGCAGGAUUCUCGAGUCCUAUGUUGAUUGGAAUCAUGUUGGCUUCUGCAAGUUGAAAGCUUAGCAAAUUCUUCUCCUAGGAUGAGGUUAUUAGGGACUUGUAUAGUUAAAAGUGUGUAUACUGAACAGGGAACCAGAGUUGAUGAGUGAAGAGUAUCCAUGAAGCAACUUUUGCUGGUUCUCUCCUUUUGGUUUUUAAGAUUUGGACCAUUGUUGUUAUUGUUAUUUGAUUAUAUCCAGUUAUUUUUUUAUUUUAUUUUUUUGCA